AUGGACAGCGAUGACACCAACACCGUCACCGCCGAGGUCUGCAGGGAGGACGACGUUGGAGAUGGAGAGCUCCUGGAGGUGAUGGUGGCUGGUUACCCAGUGCUGCUGGUGAGGAACAGGAAGGAGUUCAGCGCCCUGGGCAGCAAAUGUCCCCACUAUGGUGCCCCGCUCAGCAAAGGGGUCUUGAGAGGGGAGAGGCUGCGCUGCCCCUGGCACGGCGCCUGCUUUAACAUCAGAACUGGGGACAUCGAGGAAUACCCUUCUCUGGACUGUAUCUCCUGCUUUAAGGUAACAGUGGAAGAUGGAAAGGUGUUUGUUACAGCAAAAAAGAAGGACCUUGAAAACAGCCUGAGGGUGAAGGACAGAAGCAGGCGGUGCCUUGUCAACCAGAACACGAUGCUGCUGCUGGGGGGAGGUGUGGCUGCCCUGGUGUGCGCAGAGACGCUUCGCCAGGAGGGUUUUACUGGCAGGAUCAUCAUGGCCACUAAAGAGAAGCAUGUUCCAUACGACAAGUCCAAACUGAGCAAGGAAAUGGACUUGAAAGCUGAGGACAUCUACCUGAGGAAACCUGAAUUCCUUGAUGCUCAGGGCAUAGAGUUCUGGACAGAGAAAGAGGCAGUGUCGGUGGAUUUCCAGAAGCAGCAGGUCCACUUCAUGGAUGGUUCCUCUCAGAAAUACCAUCAACUGCUCAUUGCAACAGGCAGCCACUCCAGCUACCUCAAAGUCCCAGGUGCAGACCUGCAGAACGUGUGCGUUCUCCAAACCCCAGAAGACUCCAGCAAGAUCUUGGAGCUGGCAGCUGGGAAGAAUCUGGUGAUCGUAGGAGCUUCAUUCGUAGGAAUGGAGGUGGCUGCCUUCCUCUCAGACAAGGCUGGUACCGUCUCAGUGGUGGAAAGAGAGGAGUUCCCUUUCCAGCACGCUCUGGGUCCUCAGGUUGGAGGCGUCGCCAUGAAGAUGCUGCAAAAUAAAGGGGUGAAGUUCCACAUGAAAUCAGAACUCUGUGAGCUGAAAGGAAAGUAUGGAAAGGUCACAGAGGCUGUUCUUGCCAACGGAGAGAAAUUACCUGCAGAUGUGGUAGUGGUGGGAAUAGGGUCGACCCCCAGCUCAGCAUUUCUGAAGGGCACCUCCAUUGCCAGAGAUGACAAAGGUGCCAUCCUGGUGGAUCUGCACAUGCAAACCAACAUCCCAAAUGUCUUCGCUGCGGGGGACGUGGUGUCCUUUCCAGUAGCGCUUCUCAAGGGGGACCGGUCCAGCAUCCAUCACCAACAAGUGGCUGAGGCCCACGGUCACGUUGCUGCCUUAAACAUGCUGAAGAAAGAGAAGGAGUUGCACACCGUUCCCUUCUUCUGGACCACGUUGCUUGGGAAAAGCAUCCGCUAUGCAGGCUGUGGAAAGGGAUACACGGACACUGUUGUGAAGGGCAGCCUGGAGCAACAGAAGUUCCUGAUCUUUUACCUCAAGGAUGGCCAUGUGACAGCAGCUGCCAGCCUGAACUGCGACCCCAUGGUGUCUCUCAUUGCAGAAGUUUUAUACUUGGGGAAACUAAUCUCCAAAGAAGAAGCAGAGGCCUGUGACAUCGGCAACAUAUCCUCGCUGGCACAAACCUGAGCUUGGUACCUGCCCCUGUGAGGGGCACAUACCCAAGGGUUAACAGCUCCACAUCCUCCUGUCCUGGAGAAAUAAAACCAUCAGC